UCCCGUCCUUCCUACUCCAAACACUCGCCAUGAAGACUUUCACAGUGUGCUUGCUCGCCGUGGUGGUGGCGGUGCAAGCUGAGGCCCCCGGCGGCUACAGCUACAGCAGGCCAAGCGGCGGCUACUCCGGCGGCGGUGGCGGCGGCUACUCUGGUGGCGGCGGCUACUCCGGUGGCGGUGGCGGCGGCGGCUACGUGCCCGUCCCCGUCGGCCCCUCCUCCAACGAGGGCCAGAACGUUGACCAGCAGCUGCUGGGCCAGAUCCGCCAGAUCAUCCUGCAGCACGAGAGCCAGUCCUCCGGCGGCGGUGGCGGCGGCGGCUACUCCAGCGGUGGCGGCGGUGGCUACUCCUCCGGCCCGUCCUCCAGCUACGGCGUUCCCUCAAGCAGCUACGGCGCCCCCGGCGGUGGCUACUCCAGCCGCGUCGUCGGUGUUGACCUCGAGGGAGUGCAGCCCGCCAUCCAGGUCGCCCAGUACGAGCAGUCCUCCGGCGGCGGCGGCGGCGGCUACUCCAGCGGCCCCUCCUCCAGCUACGGCGCCCCCGCCCGCUCUCCCAGCUCAUCGUACGGCGCCCCCUUCUAAGGAGUCAGUCGCACGCGCCCCCGCCCGCCCCUUAACGCCCCCAAUUCCACCCACCGACCCCCUCGAAGACGCCACCGGCGCUCACGCACUCGCCACGGGUACGGCAGCAGCGAGCGCGGGGCGGCGGCGCGCGUCUCGAGCGCAGUCCGGGGGCGGGCACCCCAUCACCACCCUCACCACCACGGUGAUCACCACCAUCACCAUCGCAGCAGCACGCUCGCAAGUCAAGCGGUCCAGGGGAGGACCAGGAAGGAUUGUACAUAGUCACUUCACCUCAUCUCAUCACAUCCCCUCCGCCUCGUCGGUCGGCGCCCGUGCCACCUUCCCUGACUCGCGCGCGGGGCCGAGACACUCACCGCGACCACGACCAUCGCGACCACGAGGAGCAAGCACUUCAUGUCAUCACCCAUCAUCGAUGUGUCGAGAGUUUUCGUACGUGUAAAUAGUACAACCAUCUUUUUUAUAUAAAAUAAAAAAUACAUGAGCCACCGUUAAA